AUGGUGAGGCCAUAUGCAGUGAAGGGAAAGAAGCGAAGGAAGAGGGAAGAUAAAUAUGACAGAGUAGAAGAAGCAGAAGAAGCAAAAGAAGUAGAAGAAGCUGAAGAAGCGUCAGAACCAGAAGAAACAGAGGCUUCACAGCCAGAGGACGUUAACAAGGGAGCUAUGGUUGAGAAACAGAGAAAUGGAAACGAAGGAGAAGAAAAAGUGGGUAACCCAAUUGAACUUGAGGGUAUUCCAAUAACCCCAGUAGAACUUAGCACCAAGAACGGACCUGGGGCUAUCUUCAUCCUUGAGAGAGCUUCUUUGGAAGUUGCCAAAGUUGGAAAGACUUAUCAGCUACUGAAUUCUGAUGAUCACUCAAAUUUCUUGCGGAAGAACAACAGAGAUCCUGCUCUUUACAGGCCCGAUAUCGUUCAUCAGGCUCUCCUUAUGGUUUUGGAUAGCCCAAUUAAUAAAGCUGGGAAGUUGCGAAAUGUGUAUGUGAGAACUGCAGCAGGUGUUCUUAUUGAAAUUAAGCCACAUGUUCGUAUCCCAAGGACAUUUAAGCGGUUCUGUGGUGUCAUGUUGCAACUGCUACAAAAACUGAGUAUUUCUGCUGUUGGUAAGCGUGAGAAACUUAUGCGUGUGAUAAAGAACCCUGUGACACAGUAUUUACCUGUCAACUCUCGCAAAAUAGGCUUCUCGUACAGUUCGGAAAAAUUAGUUAACAUACAGAAUUAUGUUGCUGCUGCUGAAAACAAUAGAGACUUUGUUUUUGUGGUUGGUGCGAUGGCUCAUGGAAAAGUGGAGACAGACUAUACUGAUGAUUUUAUAUCAAUCUCUGGUUAUCCCUUGAGUGCUGCAUUUUGUAUUUCGAUGAUUUGCCAAGCAUUAGCGGGAAAGUGGGAUAUUUUGUGA